CUCUAUCUGUACAGUUGUCAUCGCGUUAACAGUAUAAAUUACUGGCUGCAUUUCUUCAUUUACCAUACAUCGGAACAGUAUCAGGCACCGUAUUAUCAACCGGUGCACAGUAAUAUCCAGUAACUUAAUUUUUCCGCAUGACAACAGACUUACACAUACGAAAUUCACCAUGUUCCGUCAGCUGCUGGCUCUUCUGGCUGUUGUCAUAGCUGUGGCGGACGCUUCCCUGACUGUGGCCGAUGAGAACGCCAUGAACCAUCGUACCAACAAAUGGUUUCUGCGCACUCAGACCGCCGUCCUGGGCGAGUGCACGAACGCGCGACGCGGGGCCUCGACGGCACAAAUCCAGUCAGCCAUCACUGCCCGGAUACAGAACAACGAGAAAAUCGAGAAGACCGGCUACGCCUGGACAGUGACCGUCAUACCGCUGACAGCGUCGAUACCGGCCAAGCCACUGUUAGGAAAAGAUGAUCAGUUCUACGCGGCGGAUUGCGAUGGUAAUCGGGUCCGUGUUUACGGUGUUCCGACGCGUUCAGCCUGAGAAGAGUUGCUCCACACCGCUUGGCUUCCGCCAACAGAGUUCUUGUCGACGUUAAUUGGUCUCUGCAUUUAUUAAACGUUUUUUCAUCUUGAGGUCAACGAUUUUCUCCCAUGGCAAAUAUAUUUUACGUAUGACCAGUUGUUGAUUUUUCCUGUAGCGACCAGUCCACUACAGAAUUACGCCGAUAAACCGCUGAUUUCUUUC